AAAUGUUCUUUAAUUAGACCAAUACAUCAACAGGCACAACACAGCGUUUUUUCAGAGCCCCACACCUAAUACUCAGGCACAAUCCCACGCUCCCAGGACCGCAAAGCGCUCAGAGGGCAGGCUUGGCACGUGGGUGGAGUCUAGGGAGCUGGGACGUGGUAGCGGAGCAUGCCGGGAAUCGUAGUCUAUGUCUGCCUUCCCUCAGGGUCCGAUGGGAGUUGUAGGCCACGGCUUUCGCACAGCAUGCCGGAAAUUGUAGUCCGCCCUAGCGCGCGGCCAGGAGCGCGCUUUCCCACUGACGGGGCUGCGCUCGAGUACUCUUCCGCCCGAACCGAGAAAGUUUCGGUUCUGCCCGGCCGGGAACCCAAGAGCGACCUCUUCUUCCCUGGACAGGUGCCACAUGCUGUAUGACAGCUGCUGACAAGACGGCCACAGAGUGCACCAGCCCAGCCUCUCCCAACUGUGGACACAGCGGGACUCGCUAUGGCCUCCAGCGGCGCCGAGGGCCAGCUGCAGAGAAUCAUCCAUGACCUGCAAGAUGCAGUGACAGAACUAAGCAACGAGUUUAAGGAAGCAGGAGAGCCCAUCACUGACGACAGCACCAGCUUGCACAAGUUCUCUUACAAGCUUGAGUACCUCCUGCAGUUCGACCUGAAAGAGAAGGCCAGCCUGCUGGGCACCAAGAAGGACUACUGGGACUACUUCUGUGCCUGCCUGGCUAAGGUGAAGGGCGCCAACGAUGGUAUCCGCUUUGUCAAGUCCAUCUCUGAGCUCCGGACGUCACUGGGCAAAGGAAGAGCCUUUAUCCGCUACUCGCUGGUCCACCAGAGGCUCGCGGACACCUUGCAGCAGUGCUUCAUGAACACCAAGGUAACCAGCGACUGGUACUAUGCGAGGAGCCCCUUUCUGAAGCUGAAGCUGAGCUCCGACAUCGUGGGCCAGCUCUAUGAACUGACCGAGGUACAGUUUGACCUGGCGUCGAGAGGCUACGACCUGGACGCUGCUUGGCCCACAUUUGCCAGGAGGACACUGGCGCCCGGCCCCUCUGCAUACCUGUGGAAGGCCCCCAGCCGCAGCUCCAGCGUGAGCAGCCUGGUGAGCAGCUACCUGCAGACCCAGGAGAUGGCCUCCAGCUUCGACCCGAGCAGUCCCCUGAACAACGAGGCUCUAGAGGGCUUUGACGAGAUGCGGCUAGAGCUGGACCAGCUGGAGGUGCGGGAGAAGCAACUGCAGGAGCGCGUGCAGCAGCUGGACCGGGAGAACCAGGAGCUGCGGGCGGCGUUCAGCACACAGCAGGAGCAGCUGCCGGUGGAAAAGCAGCAGGGGCAUGCUGCCCCGGAGGACCUCAGCCACCUCCUGAGGCUGGAAGCUGAGCUCCGGAAGCAGUGGGAGGUCACCCAGGCCACGCAGAAUGCUGUCAAGGAGCUGCAGGUGUGCCUUCAGGCCCUGGAUCAGGAUACAGCCAAGGAGGAGCACAGCUCUGCCCUGCAGCACCUGGAGGCCACACUGCAGCCCCUGGCACAGGAGCUCAAGGCUGCCCAGGACUCCCUGGGCAAGAGCCAGCUUCUCUCCAGCCUCUCGGACUGGUUAACUAGGGCUGAGCAGAGAGCAGAUACAGCCCAGGACACAAAAGGACAGCAGGAGCACAGCCAGACUGACUCAGCCCUAAAUCUUCAGAGGCUGGAGGAGAAGCUCCGGUCCCUGGAAGGGGAGAGCACCAAGAUCCGGGAGCUCAACCAGCAGCAGAGCACACAGCUGGUGCAGCUGGCCACCGAGCUGCAGCUGAAGGAGGAAGCCCGGGCUGGCCUGGAGCGUCAGGUGCAGGAGAUGGCCCUACUCCACAAAGAGCCGUCCAGGGAGGGGCAGGAGGCAACCCAGCUCCAGCAGCACUUGCAGGAGUCGCUAGCCCGCUUGAGCUUGCUGGAAGAGGAGCUGGCAAGGCUGAGGCAGGAGGAGCAGCUACAACGGGAAGAGAAAGAGGUGCUGGCACAGGAGGCCCAGUCCCUGAGUCGGCAGCUGCAGCUCCUGGAGUCCCAGCUGGCACAGGCCAGCCAGCACGUGAGUGAGCUGGAGGAGCAGAAGAGGCAGCUCACUCAGGACAAGGACCACCUCAGCCAGAAAGUGGAGGCCCUGGAGCGACUGGCUGGGCAGACAGCUCCAGAACCACCUGUGGCUGGUGAGCGAGGAGAGGCCCCUGCCACCUCAGUCUCCACCCUGCAGCACGCUGAUGAGAAGCCAGAAGAGGGGCACAGGGGUGGUACCGAGGUGCCAGCAGCUGGACAGGAGGAGGAACUCCUCCAGGCCAACCAGGAGUUGCAGAGGGAGCUGCAGAACAUGGCGGGGCGCAAUCAGCUGCUGGAGGACAAGCUGCAGGCCCUGCAGGCCGACUACCAGGCACUGCAGCAGCGGGAGGCGUCCAUCCGGGGCUCUCUGGCCUCCCUGGAGGCUGAGCAGGCCAGCAUCCGGCACCUCGGCGACCAGAUGGAGGCAAGCCUGCAGGCCGUGCAGAAGGCCAAGAAGGCCAUGAAGGCACAGGUGGCUGAAAAGGAAGCUGCUCUGCACAGCAAGGAGGACGAGUGCCGGCAGCUGCGGGAGGAGGCCGUGCAGUGCCGGCAGCUGGCCGAGUCCCGGGACGCGGAUCUCAAAGUCCUCUCCAACGAGUGCCGCCACCAGGCCCAGCUAAUCGAGGCCCUCCAGGCGGAGAAGGGCCAGCAGGGGCUCAUUACACCCCAAGAUGGUGCUGCACAGCUGGCGCUGGCCCAGGCACAGCUUGAAGUCCACCAGGGAGAGGCCCAGCGGUUGCGGGCUGAGCUGGUAGACCUGCAGGCCAAGCUCCAGGCGGCCCUGAGCAGCCAGGACAAGGCGCAGAGCCAACUGAGGGUGGCUGAGGAGGUGCUGAAGGAGCACAGGAUGCUGGUGCAGCAGCUGCAGGAGCAAAAUGAGGAGCUCAACAGGACCCACAUUCAGGAGCUCCUGCAGUGCUCUGCAGCUCGGGAAGGGCCGCAGCAGGAGGGCAAGGCUGGGGCAGCUCAGCAGCAAGUGCCGGAGGUGCAGGCUCUGCAGGAGGAGCUGGCGCGGGCCACGCGCUGCUCCGAGGAGGCCCGGCUGGAGAACGCCGAGCUGCAGGAGCAGCUGCACCGGGCCAACACAGACACCGCCGAGCUGGGCAUCCAGGUCUGCACCUUGACUGCGGAGAAGGAGCGUGUGGAGGGAAAGCUCCGCGAUUGCCAAGAGGCCGCCUCCCGCGAGCGAGAGCACCUGGAGCGCCACGUGGCAGGGCUGCUACAGGAGACAGCGAGCCUGCAGGAGAAGCUGACAGUGGCCGAGGACGCCGCAGGCUCCCUGGCCAACCUGCAGGCCCAGCUGGCACAGGCUGAGCAGCGGGCACAGAGCCUCCAGGAGGCUGCGUGCCAGGAGCACGACACCCUCAAGUUCCAGCUGAGUGCUGAAAUCAUGGACCAUCAGAGGAAGCUGAAGGCUGCCACUGAAGAGUGCAGGAGCCUCAGAGCCCAGCUUGAGCAGCAAGGCCAGCAGCUGCAGGCUGCCGAAGAGGCUGUGGGCAAGCUGCAGGCCACCCAGGCGGACAUGCAGGAGAGGCUGAGCUCUACCAGCAACUGUCUUGCCGAGUGUCAGGCUGCCGUGGUCCAGAAAGACAAGGAGGCAGCAGCCCUGCAGGACCGUCUAGAAAGGACCCAGCAGGAGCUGGAGGUCGCCACCACCAGAGUCCAGGAGUACUGCAACAGACUCCGCCAGGAGGCCAGCGAGCGGGAGCAGAGCGACCAGAAGCUGCUGGCAGACCUGGACGACCUGAACAGAACUAAGAAGUUCCUGGAGGAGCGGCUGAUAGAGCUGCUCAGGGACAAGGACGCACUGUGGCAGAAGUCUGAUGCCCUGGAGUUCCAGCAGAAGCUCAGCACUGUGGAGCGGUGGCUCGGGGACACGGAGGCCACCCACUGCCUCGACUGCAAGCGCGAGUUCAGCUGGAUGGUGCGGCGGCACCACUGCAGGGUGUGCAGCCGCGUCUUCUGCUACUACUGCUGCAAUAACUACGUGCUGACCAAGCCCGGCGGCAGGAAGGAGCGCUGCUGCCGUGCCUGUUUCCGCAAGUUUAGCGAAGGCCCAGGCUCCCCCAGCAGCUCUGACUCGACCACCAGCCAAGGAGACCCCAGCCCCAGGCUGUCCCCGGCCCACACUGGGACCCAGGCCACAGGAAGCCAAGGGGCUGACUACAGGCAGCCAGAUGAUGCUGUGUUUGACAUCAUCACGGACGAGGAGUUGUGCCAGAUCCAGGAAUCCGGCUCCUCUUUGCCAGAAACUCCCACGGAAACCGACUCUCUGGACCCGAGCAUGGCCGAACAGGACACCACCUCAAACUCACUGACUCCUGAGGACACUGAGGACGUGCCCGUGGGGCAGGACACCGAGAUCUGCCUGCUGAAGUCCGGGGAGCUGAUGAUCAAGCUACCCCUGACUGUGGACGAGAUCGCCAGCUUCGGUGAGGGCAGCAGGGAGCUGUUCGUGCGGUCCAGCACCUACAGCCUGAUCCCCAUCACAGUGACCGAGCCAGGCCUCACCAUCAGCUGGGUCUUCUCCUCUGACCCCAAAAGUAUCUCCUUCAGUGUGGUCUUCCGGGAGGCAGAGGACACACCCCUGGACCAGUGCAAGGUCCUCAUCCCCACGACCCGGUGCCACUCCCACAAGGAGAACAUCCGGGGCCAGCUGAAGGUGCGCUCGCCCGGCAUCUACAUGCUCAUCUUUGACAACACCUUCUCCAGGUUCAUCUCCAAGAAGGUGUUUUACCACCUGACGGUUGACCGGCCUGUGAUCUACGACGGCAGUGACUGCCCGUAGCACCAGGCACCCGGACUCCUUGGUGUCACUUCUUGGUGUCACCGCAUCUACAGGAAACACUACUCUUCCUCCCAUCACAUGAAGCCCAAGAAAAAGAAAAGAAGCAGAGCAAGCCCACCAGCCCAGCCUUGCAGCCCGCAGCUCUGCCCUCAGCCCCCGAAUGUCCUCUCCACCUGAGGCUCCUAAGGGCUUGGUGACACUUCCCCUGCUGUGACCCACCUGUCCUCAUCCCAGGGACGCCUCCCAGAGGUUCCACCUCUCCUAGAAAACAGCUGGUCAGAGCUGAGCUCGCUCCCAGUGGUGCCCUGUGGCCUCGGUCCAGGUGCCCUAGGCACACCCCAUGCCUCCCAGGACGAGGCCACAGGACUAGGGUACAGGGCUGGGGGUCCUCCCACCACCCCUGCCAGCCCCUCCUCCAGUCGCUCGCUGUGACCUAAGUGUGGGGUUAGUGCACGAGCACUCAGAUGGGGAGGGGCCACUCGGCCACGCUGUCCUCAUGGCCUUGCCCGGGUACCUCUGUCCUUCAGCAGCGUCUGUGCUCAGCCAGGCCCCUGAGAGCUCAGCAUGCCCCGAAGGCCAGCGUGCUCGGGGCCUCCGGGGCCGGGGAGCUCGAGACCCGAGCAGCACUGUGUGCACAUCUCCUGCUCCUGGCCUGGCUGUUCAUGCACAGGGACGCCUGCCUCGCCCGCAGACACCUGUGUACCAGUGAUCAGAGCCAGGCAAGAGCCACUUUCACACACCUUGAACAAGUCUUCAGUAUGAAGUCGCAGAGGAAACAGGCCAUAACUUACUCUCGUCCCCCCCCCCCCCCCCCCGCCAGUGUCCCGGCCUAUGUGCCCACUUCCUUCUCUAACAGGAAGCAGAUGCUCUGCCAUUCCCCGGGGUCCUUCUCCACCCCCUGGGAGCUCCUGCUCAAUGGCCUCUGUCCCCUAUACAGCUGGCCACCUGCAGUCCAGCCCGUGCUAUGUCCACAGGUGUGCAGAGCGUGGGACACAGUGGCCUGCUGCAGCCAGGGGCGAGGACAGAGCCCUGCCAAGCUGGCUAUAGGGCUCUUUGCUGGACCAGCCAUAUCGCCACACCACCCUGUCUACCCCAAGCUGUGACUCACUGCCAGGGAGGCCAGGCCAGGUCCAGCCCAGACCCCAGGCCUCCAGGGUGCCCAGCCUUGGCCACAACACCAGCAAAGAAGACACUUGUGGGUCACGGGUGAGAGGACUCGGAAGGGUCAGGGCCGUGGCCUCUGCAGGGGCAUGUUGUGCAGAGCCCAGCUGCUCAGCACAGGGCAGAAAGCCUCCCAGCCUGAGUGUCCUCUCCAGCGUGCCUGGGGCCUGAGUGUCUCGGGGACAGACUACCCCGCCUGAGACCCCCUGCCCUCUUACACAGGCCAUCGGAAGUUGGCCGCGAGCUAACAGGAGUGCCCGGCACAGCCCGGAAUCUGCUGCCAGUGCUGGCCAAGCCAAUGGCCCCUCGCUGAUCUCAUUGCCACCCCAUGCAGCAGGAACCACCUGUCCCUGAGUAGCUGCCAUGUGGGCUGGGCAGGCCCUGAGGCACCCCUCUGAGUUCCAUUCUGGCCAUCGCCACUGUCAUGGUGGGGGUGAGCACCAGUUCAGAGACCUGUGUUCAGGUUCAGCUGUCUGAAGCCACCCAAACUGCUCCUGGAGGACAGCCUGGCCUUGGUCACUUCCUCUUGGCCUCAGCAUGUUCAUUUCUUAUGCUGAGCAGACACUCGUACAGUGUUAACUCACCGCGCAGUCCCAGUUUGCAGUUCAGUCUGUGGCUACAUACAGACCACCUCACUGGCCUAUUUAAGGCUGACUUACACACAUAGCUUUAUGCUUACUCUAAACCGUUCCCAACUGUACUGAGGUUUAGAGCUUGAGGUCAUUUUUUAAAAUGCAAAUGACAACUGAGCCACUGCUGAUGGCUAUGGCCUGGCUAGAUGCAGCUAUGCCAGAAGUCAGAGCAGCUGUCCAGACCCUGGGCCACUACCCCUUGCUGGCCUCCCUCUCUGAAAGACAAGAGACCUGCCAGAUACGUGCUCACCCACCAGCAAGGCAGCGGGGUCCCCACAGAGCCCCAGGCUGGUGACCCAGCUGCAGGUGGCAUGGCCAAAGCAGGCAGGUUUGACCUCAGGAAUCUGGGACUACAAAACCCCACAGGCUCAGGAAGUGGCAACGCAGAGACACAUCAUAUAACUCAGAAAUGAAGGGGUGGUGUUUCUGAGCACUCGAGGGUCACCUGCAGCAGGGAGGCGCUCCAGGCCUAGGAGUAUUCGUACAAGGGUGCAGUCUCAAGUCUGGUGGACAUUCUGGGGCACCAUAUAGGAGUUUCAUUUUUAAAGUCUGUCUGGUAUCCUUCGGACUGAGAAGCCGUUCUUGAUUCAGCAUUGGGGAUCGGAGCACAAUGAAGCCAUCUGAGGUGCUCAGAACCAAGGGCCAUCUCGCGCUCUAGCCCUGAGACCCUGCUCAGGGCUACGAAGACCAGCACUCAGCGGGGCUCAGGGAGCUUUUGCAUCAUUGCAGUCCUUCCAAGGAAGCAGGAAAGACGGGACUAAUGAGUCCCUCUUCCCUCCUAAGCACUUUUCUUGAUCAAGUAGAGCUCUACAAUUUCAGGGAGCAUCUCUGAUAGACCAAAGCAAAGCAAAAACAAUGGCUUCCCUAGAGCCUUAUGGUGCGUGUUCUCCAGAGAUGCUGCCUGGGGCUGCAGGGACGUCCGUCCUGGGGCAGAGGCUUGGAAAUCAGAAUGCACUUUACUGCCCCUCACUUCCAAGGCCUUAGGACAGUGGGCAAGGGCGCCCGUGUCACUCUUACCCACCAAAGAAUCACCCAGUGGUGUCAGAUACCAGCAGCAGCCCCAUGGGGGGGCCAAGACACUUGUAUCCUAGACCCUGUUCCUUUAUAGUGUCUGCUAAGCCGUUUGGAAAUACUUUUAACCUCAGGACUAUAAGUAAACACUAUGACAUCG